GCCUGCACUUCUAAAUCCGACAGUCAGAACUUGGUGAAAGAAAAACCUUUAGGAUUCCUUCCUAAAGAUGGAUGAGCAAGACUCAGCUGGCCCUGGAGAAGGAAGAGGCCAUGCUAUGGAAACAGUGGGGAGUCAUGGGGGAUUCUGGGAAAACUCCAUGCAGAAGAUCCUGGGUGAGGAGGACACCCUUCGCUCAGAGGUGCAGAGCCGGCCGUCCAGCUGGUUCUGCUACCUGGAAGCCAAAGGACCUCGAGAAGUUUGCAGCCGACUCUACCACCUUUGCCACCAGUGGCUGAAGCCAGAAAGACACACGAAAGCUGAGAUGCUGGACCUGGUGAUCUUGGAGCAGUUCCUGGAUGUCCUUCCCCCGGAGAUGGAGAGCUGGGUGAGGGAAUGUGGAGCAGAGACCAGUUCCCAGGCAGUGGCCCUGGCCGAAGGAUUCCUCCUGAGUCAGGCAGAGGAGAGGAAGCAGGUGAGAGAGACUUUCCUCUGGAUCCUCCCAAGGGGCUCCAAACAGGAGGGAGAAGAUCCCUAAAUCC